AGAAAUGGAACACUCUCCAGAGCAUGCCUCGGAGACAUCUGAGGUGGUUCCAAGCCCAAGUCUAGAUGCAGGAGAGACUAUCUCAGCCUCAGAACACUUGCCCUGCAUUUCUUCUUCAAGCACGCACAUUCCCGUGGACCAGGAUGGUCCUGGAUCUUCCAAUAUGCCUCCAAACCAUGAUAUGAUGGAGACGGAAAAUUCCUCCUUCAUGCAUUCUGAUUUACCUUCCUCCUCAGCCAAUAACCCCUCGAUGUCUGCAGUAGGUACUGAAAAGGAAAGAAUAAUGAAUGUUUACUACAAGGUUGUACCUGUGAAAAGGGGUGUGGCUGCUUUGGAGGAUAUAGAAGAUUUGGAGCCUCCUGCAAAGAUGAUAAAAAUAGGAAAUGUUGUCUGUCAGGAGACGGUCCCUCCAAAAAUCAGCUUCCCUCCUAUGAGUCUAGCAAGUAUCCUAAGUCUCGGUGAGGGCAGCUUGGAUGGUGAACGGCAAGGAGAAAGGGAAGAGGCUGAGAAGCCACCUGAGAAUCUGGACCUGGAGGCGGGUCCCAGUGCCAUGGCACCUGCAGAGCUGGAGCACAUGUAUAGUGGCUUUAGGUGCAUGGGCUGCCUCCAGGUCUUCCCUAAUUUGCAGAUGCUCAAGAAGCACCUGGAGGAGGGCAUAGAGGAGGGUGGUUCAUGCAUUAAUCUUGUCCUUUCCAAAAUGAGGAACAAAAUGAAUAACAGCAAGAUCACAAGCAAGGAGACAAAUAUCACAGAAGCAUGUGGAAAUGAUAUGGAGAUAUUUUUGAAGUUCUUGGAAUUUUUGAUUCUUUGUUGCUUUUUGUAUUAUUAUUAUAAUAAAUAG